AAUAAAACAUUCAACUGAUAUACAAAAGGUGCUAGCACAAUCCCUAUAGAAUUAAUAUAUGAAAUAUGAUGUAGAUGCUAUUGCUAAUCGUCACAAAGAGGCUGAUUUAUUCUAUCUACUUAGGGGCACAUUUCUUUAUUAUCCUUUUAUUUAAUCGUUCAGAAAUGGAAUAAGGAAGUAGUUCAUAUAUUAUAAGGAGACAUUAUUAAUAUAUAGUCUGUGACAAAAUGGAAGAACCUUGCUAAGACGUCUGUCACGGCUUGUAGCGAUUUCUUGCUAGUAUUUGUCAUGGUCUGUAAUGAUCGGGCGUCAUGGCUGAGUAUUUAUGUAAUAUGACAGUUCAAAUCUUGAUACCAUCAGCCAUGAAAUCACACUGGGCAAGUCAUUACUGGCCGUUUGUUUGAGAUCACCCGACUGAUAGCAUGUCGACUAAGUUGUGACAUACGCCUGCUCUUGUGCCUAAUAUUGUAGCUAGUUAGUGUGUACGGAAAGCUCAAGUAAUUAAACGUAAGAACUCUGCACCAGGCUGGUCUUCCAUCUAGAGCUACAUCUAGUAUUAGUUGUAGGGAAGAUAUCAUACUAUUGAAUCUGCCGCUAGGCAGCAUUCCAUAUCACAAGACAAGGAUAUUCUUCCUUCCUAUGAUGAUCUCUGGUAAGCGUCUAUGAUGUUCUGUAGGAAAAGGAAGAUCUAAAUUUUUAUCCUUAAUAUUCAACAUUUUCUUUAGAUCCUAUUUCACAAAAUAUAUUAUGCUUUAAAAUAAAUUAGUAAAAAUAUUCCAAGAAAUAAAAAUAAAAAUAAAAAAUAUUAUUAAUUUAUCUUAAAUCAAAUACUUCACAAAUGAAUAUAGAGAUCUUUUUUGUUCUAAUAAAUCUUGAAAGAUAAAUUUGCAAGACUUCUCAUAAUAUCAACUUGUUUUUUUUUUUUGAUCUAGUAAAUGGACAAAACGGAAAUAUGAAAACAAUAUCCUCAUCGUUGACAAAACCUACUAUUGUAUCGUCUAAUACAGAAUCAACAAAUGGUGGUAGUGCUUUGUCAACUGAAAAACGAGCACCAAUCGUAAUGCGCAUUCCAAAACUUAACUUUCUAACAAAUAAGCCGGUUCCACUACAAGAUAAAUCAAUAACAAAUCCAACUACAAAUUUAAUAACACCAUUCUCUUCCAAACUUGUUAAUAAACCAAAUUCAAACCCAAUUGUUUUAUCAACAACAAAGAAUAGUAAUUAUACCAUAUCUCCAACAACUUCAUUAUCAACUGUACAAUCGACUUCAUCACCAUUAAAAUUAAUCAUAAAAGCAUCACCAACACUCAAUGGACUUGCAUCAAUUUCAAAGUCAUAUAAUCAUUAUGAUGAUGACGAUGAUGACGAUGAUGAUGAAGAUAAUGAUGAUUCGUCUGACUUACAACAACCAGCAACAAAAAGACGACGGAUCGAUGAAUCCGAAAUAUCACCAUCUAUAUCACAACAUCCUCCUUUAUCUUCUAUUUCUGUUCCUAUUCAAGCUAAGACUUCUUCGACUAUUACUUCUCAAAUAAAAUCAAUUGAUGAACAAUCCAAUAAUUCAUCAUCAUCAACCACAAAACAUAAAAAGAAAAAAAAGAAGAAAUCUCAUAAACAUCAUCAUCAUCAUCAUCAUCAUCACAAAAAUACUCAUCAUCAUCAUCAUCGCAAACGAUCUCGACGGGAUAGUGAUCGAAGUCAAUCACGUUCACCUAUUUCAUCAUCACCAUCACAAUUAAAUUCAUCAUCACCAUCAUUAAUAACAGAUGAUCAAUAUCGACGACAUCGAAAACGUAAGAAACAUCAUCGUCACAAACGAUAUAAUUCACCAUCAGCAUCGCCAUCAUUACGCGAGCCAUUGUGA